AUGCGGACUACGAUCUCAAGCUUUCUGGCUCUCGCCUCUACGCAGCUAGCAUGGGCCGCACCGCCGUCAGCUCAUAGCAAGCCGUUCGAGCAUCUCAAGCGGCAGGCCAACUCAUCUUCAAGCGCGAAUUUGCAAGUCGAUCUUGGAUAUGAGGUCUACGAGGGCUACCACAACUCGACGUCCGAUCUUAACUCCUGGAAAGGUGUCCGCUAUGCAGCGCCUCCUCUGGGCGAAUAUCGCUGGCAGGCACCCCAACCGCCCUCGCAGAACCGGAGCAGCGUGAUCUCCGGCAGCGAAUAUGGACCGAUAUGCCCGCAGAGUCCCAAUGGUGGUUCUGCGGCUCCUGCGACGUACGGAGAUGAGGAUUGCUUGUUCCUGAACGUGUGGGCGCCGUCGAAUGCUGAAGGGUUGCCUGUGCUUGUUUGGAUCCAUGGCGGCGGCUACGGGCAAGGCUCUAACCAACAGGAUCUGUCGUAUAUCAUUGGCGAGAACGGCAACAACUUUGUCGGUGUUGCUAUACAGUACAGGCUUGGUGCCUUCGGGUUCCUCUCUUCGGACGAAGUCUACCGCAAUGGAGUCGUCAAUGCCGGUAUCUUGGACCAGACGUUUGCGUUGAAGUGGGUACAGACGUACAUUCACCUCUUCGGCGGUGAUCCGACCAAGGUGACUAUCUCUGGCGAGUCUGCCGGGGGUGGUUCAGUCAUGUUGCAGACGAUGGCCUAUGGUGGAUCGCUGGGCACUGAGCUUUUCCAGAACAGCUACUACGCCUUUGCAUACCACGCUGGUUGCUUCGGUGGAAACGCGUACGGAUUCGAGACCAAGAGCAGAACGAUCUUCAACUGUCUCGUUGGCAAGGACACGCAGACGCUUCAGAAUGCAAGCUUUGCUACCUCAGCGUCGGCGAAUACUGGCAUCUGGGGAUUCUUGCCCGUGACUGAUGGUGUUUUCAUCCAAGACCUGCCUUCCAGACAGAUGACGAAGGAGCGAGUGAAUGGCCAGCGAAUGCUGGUUGGCAAUAACGCCCAAGAAGGCGCUGGCUUUGUACCCCAAAACAUAACGACUGAGGGUGAUCUGCUUGACUGGCUGCAAUUGACUUUCCCCACGUUCAGUAACUCAGACAUAGCAAAGGUUCUGCUUUAUUAUCCCUCUAGCAAUGCUUCGACCGAUCCAUCUGCCGACGAGUACGCCACGAACGGGUACACUGGCGCUACUGCUCUCAACCAGUCUGCUGUAGGCACAGGCCAGCAACAGAGGGCAAACAAUAUCUACGCCGAAACCACUUUCGUCUGCCCGAGUUAUUGGAUGGCAGAGGCUUUCUCUGACCCGCCUCGAGCAAGCUACAAGUACCAGUACAGUGUGCUGCCUGCCCUGCACGGCUACGACGUCAGCGCAUACUUUGGCCCAGCAGCACCUCAGCAAGGGAACUCAUUUGCUCGAGCUUUUAUGCACAUUGUGGGCAACUUCGUCACCGUCAACGACCCUUCCAUCUCCCCGGCCAUCGCCAACGGCGCCUCGUCGGGCUCUAUGAACGCUAGCACUUCUGGCAAUGCUGCGACAAACUGGCCUCAGUUCGACAUCUACAACCCUGUCCAGCUCAAUCUUAACCAAACUGGUGGAAGGGAGAUCUCUCAGGAGACAAUUGGAGACAGGAACUCGACGAUUUACGUUAGUCCUGGUUUGAUGAACGACUUUAGCUUAGUCAACGCUUAUACUUGGGAGGGCGGCCGUGGUAUGCGGUGUGAUUUUUGGAAGAGCGUUGGAGGAAUUGUUCCUGAGUAG